CUUAAAUGUCCCAAUCACUGGACCUCCUAAAAAAUAUUACUUCUUUAUAUUUUUGGUGCAAAAUACAAUUCCUUCUUUACAUACAAAUGAAAAGUACAAGUCACAGUUCAAUAAUAACAGCUCUAGAGUUUACUUGUUGUUCUUCUCUGAGUCAGCGAUCAACAAAAUUUUUCUAUACCUUGUAGGUCUGGUAUAAAAUUUUACUUGUAGUAUAAAAUGACAACCUUGUAUCUUCGUUCUCUCCACCCCUUUCCAAGCUCGGUAACGCUUCAGACUGUGCAUAACCAUUUGCAGACGAGAAUUCUAAUGCACCUCUGUAAUCGCAUGUAGUUGCUUCUGUCUCUCGUGCAAAUGUUUUCUCCGUUAUGAGACGCACUUGACUCUGUUGGCACCACUGCUAGUUCACUGGAAAGACCGACUGAGGAAUCGAGAUGGCUAGCUGUGCUGGAACGUGUUGCUGAACGCUUGUUGUGGUCAAGCCUUGUUGAUUUGGGUACUGGUACACUGGGAUCAUUUAGGUAUCUCUUAUACUUCCUAAUGUGAUUGGCUUGUGUUGUUUCUUACCUUCGCCGUGAACAUAACUCAAGUGGGUUUCGAGUCUUUCUUUCCUCGAAAACGUUCGGCCACAAAUCGUGCAUUCUUGUUCGAUUCUUGUCGAUUAUUUCUACAUAGAGUGAAUUCACAUCAUUAUUUAUGUCAUCAUCAAAACAUGAAUCCAAGGUAUCCACCAUCUAAGAGAGGAGAACCGAUCAGAAGGGACAGAAUAAUGUUGCACGCUUCUCUUGAGACUGCAAUGGGUCAAGCCAGCGGAUUCUCUUUGCUAAAAGGUCCACGUGAUCAUGCCCGUGAUCGGAAACAAAGAAAACUCCAUUUGGCGCUCAUCUUUGAAUGUACUUUUCAUCGGUUAACCGCGCUUGCUUCAAGUUGUUUCUUUUCUCAACUGUUUUGCUUAAUAUAACACUUCUAAAGAUUGGUUUUAUUGUGGUUUAAUGGGAAAACGAGAACAGCGUGAGUGUUUUAAAUGAAAAGAAAGUCGUUGGCGCCGUGGAAUUAAAAGAAGGGACAAUUAACAGUAGACAUAUCAACUGGUUCAAACAACGAUCGAGUGGCCAUUUAAAGCUAGGAUUUUUAGAAGUUUGUGAUGGAAAAUGCAAAGGAAGAUCGAGCAACAGCAUCCAACUUCACGGCAACUUCUUCACGAUCUGCACCAGAGGAAACUGUUCACAUCAAUUACUCUGAGGUUCCCCUUGCCUAUAGAGGAUUAAAUGAUAGUGUUACUGAUCAAGUUUCAAAUAGCCCUAGGGAUGUUCAGUCUCCUCUUACUACUGGUACUCCUACCGAAGGAGAAUGUCAGGGAAGAGAGGAGCACUCAUGUUUGAAUGGAAAUCAUCACCAAGUUCAUUCGUCACCUCAGCCAUCAACAAAUGAAGAUUUGUGUUCUAUGCAAGAAGAAGAUCUAGCAGAGGAUUCAGACUCCAGUGAUGAAGGAGAAGGGAUCAGUGUGGAUGAAUUGAAGCAAACGGAUGGAUAUAGGUUAUUUGUUGAAGCUUUGGAUGCACACGUAAAGGCUAACUCGACUAAAGAGUAAUUUAUUGCCGAAAGACACUGGGCGCCCUUCUUUGAACUAUUUAUUUGUUGCAGCGAAGCUUGUAGAAUACAGGACAAGAGUUAGAUAUUUAAAGGCAUUCGUUGCCUAUGUCAAAAGUAUUUUUAUGAAUGCUGUAAGAAAUAUUUAAGUAUUUUUGUGAAUGCUGUAAGAAAUAUUUAAGUAUUUUUAUGAAUGUUUUAGGAAGGAACUGUUUGUGGGUUUUUUUUUGUUUUUUGUUUUACUGUAGCUCGUGUAAAAAUGUCGGUAAUUAAAAAAAAAGGAAAGAAAAAGAAAAAAAAAUACCAGAAA